UCGAUUCGAAUGGAGCACUUGCAUUGGAGCUCCGGCCGCUGCCGCACAGAACGUUAUAAAACGCCAACCCAUCCAGGAGCAAUUGAGUGUGAUUGUGAUUGUGCUUGCGAGACACUAAACCAGUGAAUGAAAUCAAUUGAUUCGGCGAGUGCGGAUGGAAAAGAACAAAAUCAGAGCUAACUGUGUAUUGUGUAACCGCUAAAAACGAUGACCGGCGGACAGACGAGAAGAAGGAGGCGAGGAGACGGCGGGAGCCACUACUGAUCAUAUGAUUGCCCAAGAACAACUGCAACAACAACAACAAGCCCUCAGAUAUAUACGUCAGGUGUGACAAAGUGGGGAAAGCUAAAAACAUAGCACGGCAGUCGCCAAAAUAGCAAAAUAGUAUUUCGUUGCCAGAAGAAAAACAUCAUCAGCAGAGUGGUAGUACCAGGAGCAGCAGCCUCAACACAAGCUGUACACAAAACGUAAGGAAUCAGGAAGGACAACAACAACAAUGUACACGAUCAACAAGGGACCCAGCAAAAUUGUUGCUAAAUCACGUCGCGGCCUGGCGCAAAACUUUGAAAAGUUCGAGAGCAUCAAGGAGAGUGGCCGGAGGAAUGGCAGCUUCGAUCUGAACAGCCCCGAGGAGCACAACAACAUACCGCGUCCAGUGUUCCAGCAGAGCUUCGCCUCCAAGCGGAUAGCACCGACCAAGCUGAUCGAGGAUGAGGUGAUAACGCCGCAGCAUGAGGAGAUUAUUCGUUACAUAAAUGACUCCUGGAACAUGCUAGUGGCACAGAAUCCCUACGAUGCCAGCUCAUCUGCUAAGCCCGCCGAGAAAGUAGUGGCGGAUGCCAACAACAACGACAGCGCCGCCAGUCCUGUGGACAGCAUCAUGGCAAACUCACAACACACAGCGACUGUUUGGGUUGAGCCUCCUAGUCCUGCGCUACAGGAUUUUAAGCCCUUCGAUUUGGAGUCAUGGUGGGGUCGCCGCCUGUUCCAAAAUAUCACAAAGAGCCUGUAAACAUGGGUUUGUCGCUGAUUCCUAGCCUUCACUAGUUGUAUCUAUAUAGAUGAGAGGAAGGAGACAUUGUGCGUAGAUGUCGUUUAGGGGCUAAGUAAAUAUCACCUUUUUGGAUGUACGGAUGUUUGGGAUGCCUCUAAUAUGGCAACAAAGCCAUGUUUUUAGUUGCCUCUUGUGUUUGAAUAUUGUGUAAAUGGAUUAAAAUUAAGAGUCAUUGCCCCGACGCUGGCCAAUUGUAAA